UCUAUUCUGUAAAGCCCUAAAGCCCUUAACGAGCAUCCCUCCCCUGAACAAAUACAAGCUUCUAGUUGUUCUCUAGUUCAUAGUUUCAUACUACAUACUGACCCUCCUUAAACGCUUCCACCUCUCGAUCGUUUUCGCGAAGAAGCAUCGAAGAUGUCUCUGAGGGUUCUUAAUCCAAAUGCAGAAGUUCUCAACAAAUCUGCAGCACUCCACAUGAACAUCAAUGCCGCCAAGGGCUUGCAAGAUGUUCUCAGGACUAAUCUCGGACCCAAGGGCACCAUCAAGAUGCUUGUCGGAGGGGCUGGAGAUAUCAAACUUACCAAAGACGGCAACACUCUCUUGAAGGAAAUGCAAAUUCAAAACCCGACGGCUAUCAUGAUUGCAAGAACUGCUGUUGCCCAAGAUGAUGCCAGUGGUGAUGGUACAACUUCUACAGUGAUUUUCAUCGGCGAGCUUAUGAAACAAUCUGAGCGAUACAUUGAUGAAGGGAUGCAUCCACGUGUACUGGUUGAUGGUUUUGAGGUUGCAAAGCGAGCAACCCUCCAAUUCCUUGAGAAAUUUAAAACCCCUGUUGUGAUGGGCAAUGAACCUGAUAAAGAGAUUCUUAAAAUGGUAGCAAGAACAACACUUAGAACAAAGUUGUACGAGGCAUUGGCAGAUCAGUUGACUGAGAUAGUUGCUAAUGCAGUUCUCUGUAUUCGCAAGCCUGAGGAGCCUAUUGAUCUAUUUAUGGUAGAAAUUAUGCACAUGCGCCAUAAAUUUGAUGUUGACACGCGCUUGGUUGAAGGCCUUGUCCUUGAUCAUGGCUCUAGGCAUCCUGAUAUGAAACGACGGGCAGAAAAUUGUUACAUCUUGACAUGCAAUGUAUCAUUGGAGUAUGAGAAGAGUGAAAUAAAUGCAGGCUUUUUCUACUCAAACGCAGAGCAAAGGGAGGCAAUGGUUGCUGCUGAAAGACGACAAGUUGAUGAGAGAGUUCAAAAGAUCAUUGAUCUGAAAAAUAAGGUUUGCUCAGGUAAUGAUAAUAACUUUGUUGUAAUCAACCAAAAGGGGAUUGAUCCUCCAUCAUUGGACCUUCUUGCUAGAGCUGGGAUAGUUGCACUACGUAGAGCUAAGAGGAGAAACAUGGAGCGACUAGUCCUGGCCUGUGGUGGGGAGGCUGUAAAUUCUGUUGAUGAUUUGACUCCAGAUUGUCUUGGCUGGGCUGGAUUAGUUUAUGAGCAUAUCCUUGGAGAAGAGAAAUAUACAUUUGUGGAGAAUGUUAAGAACCCUUACUCUUGUACAAUUCUAAUAAAAGGACCUAAUGACCAUACGAUUGCUCAGAUUAAGGAUGCUGUUCGCGAUGGUCUGAGAGCGGUCAAGAAUACAAUUGAGGACGAAGCAGUUAUAUUGGGUGCAGGGGCUUUUGAAGUUGCAGCUAGACAGUAUCUAGUCAAUGAAGUAAAGAAAACUGUUCAAGGGCGUGCACAACUUGGUGUGGAGGCAUUUGCUGAUGCCCUUCUUGUUGUUCCCAAGACAUUGGCAGAGAACUCCGGCCUUGACACUCAAGAUGUCAUCAUUGCACUUACGGGAGAGCAUGACAGGGGGAACAUUGUGGGGUUGAACCAGCAUACAGGAGAGCCAAUUGACCCCCAAAUGGAGGGUAUAUUUGACAACUACUCUGUUAAGCGCCAAAUCAUUAACUCAGCACCUGUUAUUGCUUCCCAAUUGCUACUGGUGGAUGAAGUAAUUCGUGCUGGUCGAAAUAUGAGGAAACCAAAUUAGCUCCUACGUGCUUCUAUUGCAUAUAUUGUCAUUUGGCUUGACAGACCUUUGGUUCCUGCCUUCCUGGACUGCUUCAGAAUUGGAGUUUUGUCGUCCAAAAAGUUUUGCUGGAUUCUUAAUACAGGGUUGUCUUGGGAUUUUGAAGUGGCUGUACAAUGAAUAUUCCUUGGUCUUGUGUUUUCAGUAGUGUAACUUGUUUGCUUCAGUGUGUGGAGCUUCUUGUGAGAGCUUGCCUUGGUAUUUGUCCUGUGGCCUUUGAACAAAUUCCGACAACUGAGCGACAGAUGGAAGCAGCGAAUGUAAUUGUGAAAGAAAGGGCCAAAUUAGUUUGCCGACUCUUACUAGAAUUUUUAGUUUUGAAACGCCAUUUUCAACCUAUUAUUCAAACACCUGUUUUGUAUA